AUGCAUUGCUUAUUUGCUUUUUGCUUCCCCAUGUUAAAGUUGCAAGAAGAAGUUGCUUCUUGGGCAGAACAUGUUCUGUUCUACCAGUCCAAGUCUUUCAUAACCUACUGUCUUAACCUAAUUACAAAUAAUGACCUGGUUUCAGGAAUUCAGAUUUCUGGCUUCAAGCUAGCUCCACUGUAUGAGCUAAUUGUUCAGUCUACUCUUAAAGAAAAAUGCAGUGAAGACUUGUCUACAAAUAAAUCUUGUUUCUUUGUGUCUCUUCCAGAUCAUCCAAAGCACUGUUACUUCAUAAACAAGGGCUCAGCAAAAUCAGUUUUAGCAGGAGCCUUGGUCAGUAAAAUCCCAUUUAGCCAUCCAAAGUGUGUGCCUGGUGUAAUAGAGAUUCUUCGACAUCAAGUGGCAUAUAACACUCUUAUUAGCAGCUGUGUCUCUGAGAAGCAUAUAAAUGAAGAUGAUUCAGAACUGCUUUACUUUGAAGUGGUACCACACAAGAACACCAGCUUUUCUGUCUUUUUCCUUCAUCCUGUGAAAGAGAAUUUAGCCUGUGUGGUAAUUGAUGUUAUAAGCUCUAGAGAAGUCCAAUGUCACCUUCAUUUAAAUCCUCAAGAUCCAACUCUAAAUUCUACUGAUGACUUUGUAGCAAGAGCUGUGAAACGUUGCAUGUCAGUCCCAGUUGUCAUGAGAGCUGUUUUCAGGAAUGCUGCCAAGGUGAAAGCUGACAGUGAAACACAAGAUACGGACACAGAACAACCUGGACCACAACUGGAGCAAACUACAGAUUCUGACAGUCUCAAAGAAAGCCUUUCUGGUGCUGGUCAGCAGAGCAGCUGGGCAGUGAAAGAUAAGCCAAAUGAUACAGAGACUACAGAAGAAAAUCUCUCUACAGCCAAACUGGAAAUUCUGGGUGAUAACAUAGAAAAAAAGUAACCCCUCGUUAUACACUGAAACCUUGUGGAGGAAAGUAAUUCCAUAGCUAGUAUAGAAGCUGAUGUAACAGACAAAAACCUGAUGGUUUUAUAAGCAAAAAUGAAUCCUACUUAGUAAUAUGCGAAUGGUAUCUCCUCUUUGCAGACUUUUAAAUAUGGGAAAGUAAUUCUCUUGAAUCUGCAUUUUAAAACAUCCAAAUCUGUAAAGUCUAACACUGUUCUAUUAACCUUUAUUUUGUCUUGUUACUGAAAAACUAAAAAAUCGUAGUGGUAAACAAGAUUCCCUCUAACACUGUCUUUUUUUAUUGUUAGAGGGUAAGGUAUUACUUUAUUCUUGGUCAAGAGAUGUGUUCCUGACAAAGUUCCAGCCUCAAUGCUGAUCCCAAUACAAAACUUUUUUGCUUAUUUAUGCAUUUUUUGCAAACAAAUACAUUAAUGUUCAUUGGUUUAAUUUACCUAAUUCUCUUCAUUAAUUAGUAUUCUACUCCCUAUUAGUUAUUUAUUUCUUUCUCUUCAUGCUAAUCUGGUCCACAUUCUUUAAUUCCUUCUUUUAUCUUUUUCUCCAACUUUCCAGGCCUUAAUCUCCUCCAUAUCUUCUGGUUACUCUAAUGUCCUUGAAGGGUCAUAAAUUUAAGAUCCCAGAUGCCCAAUCUUCAAAUUCCUUUGCUUUGUUCAUUGAAGACAGUCAGGCUUAGUUUUAACAAACUCAAGGUUUCAGUGAUUUAAUGAUCAAAGUAGGUCUGUGAAGAAACUUAAUUGGUGUUGGCUAAAAGUGGACACUGCUUACAAUUAGUUAAAACAACUAAUUAAAAAUUAGUUAGGAAAAUUAUAUAUAUAUUCCAACACUGUCUGCACCAUUUUCUACCAAAUAUGGAAAAAAUCUGUGUUUUACAUGAUAUAGUCUAUAACACAAUGCAGGCAUUUGAAGAAAAGUAAUGUUUAUCACUGUCAAUAUUAUGCUAAAUAAAUUGAAAAAAGUUACUUGAAUGAUUUUUGUAUAUACACAAUUAAUGCAGACAUCCCUCUUUGUCCACUAUUUCAUAAAUGCAUUCAAUCUAAGACUCUGAACUGCAGUUCUGCUUACCCCUGAAGGAGAAGUGGUACAGAAAGCAAACCAAAAUUAUAGUCUGUCAACUCUGACAGAGUAAUGGAGUCUUUAGUAAGAAUGUUGCAUAAACUCAGGCUCUGAAAAACAAGGAAUUUUUGCCUUUAAGUAUGAAAUGGCUUUGUGUGUUUUUUUUUUUUAAAUUACAGUUUACUGUUCAAAAUCUUACUUUGCCUAGGUCUGGACUUCCUUUGUUUGCAAUAUGAAUGAGUUAAAGGAAACUUCCAACAAGUAAGCUGGGAACUUACUAUAAAUCAGUUUAAUUAAUGUGAAACAGAGGCAUUUACAAAGAAAAAACUUCCUGAACAGAGCAAUUUACAGCUACAGUGAAGGGAAGCAAUGGGAAAGCAAGUCAAAUAUACAAUAGUUACAGAAAUACAAAAUGAUCAGAAAUAGGCAUGUGUGGCUGAUGUGUUUCUAAGAGGUAGUGAAUAAGCUUGGCUUCCUUGAAGAGUUUGAGAAAAACAUUAUUGGAAUGCAGGAAAGAGUUCGGGCUAGAUGGACUGACAAAAUAAAUACAAAAAUAACAAAAGGAUGUUCAUUAGACUGGAAGCAUGUUUAGUGUGGUCUGACAUGGUAAGAGUAGAUGUCUAAAAGUAAAACAAUGAAUUGGCAGCAAUUCUGUAUUUAAGGAAAAUGGUAUGUUUUCAGCAAAAGUGAUGAAUAUAACUAUACAAGGAGGGAAAAAUAGUUUUUAACCAUGAAAGUGCAUUGCAUCAUGGGUAGAAAAGAUAACACAUAGAAUUUGACAAAAAGUGACUACAGAGUCACAGCACUCUAGGAAUCAGCAGCAUUACAUGUUCUAUUUUGCAUACAGCAUAUCCUCAACACCAGCUUAUUCCACAAAAACACUGAGCAUUUCCACAGCACUGAGCAGUUAUUCUUUUGAUAUUGCAGGGGACCAAUUUAGAGGGGCUAUUUAAUGGACCCGCUUCAUUUCCAAGCUACUGCCAAGAAAAAAAUGAGGGUGAAAUGGGACCUCCUGACACAAAACAGAAA